UUUUGUCUCUGGUUUCUGUGGAAACGCUGACCAAUCAAAACACGCCAUGUAUCUGUAAAUAUUAUUAUGAUUACCAUUUUAUUAACACGUUGUGGAAACUACAUCAUUACAAUUGAGAAAGAAAGCUUUACUUAAAAAGAUCAGCAUAUAUUAAACUUGGCAAAGAGUAUUCCAAUGUUGCAAGCAUUAUGGGCUAGUUUGGUUGCUACACUGUAUGUCUACCUAAGACCAAUGUUCAAGUGGAUUAUCCGCAGGGUGACUGGUAAAUGUGAACUCCUUCGUAUAACAUAUCAGUACCCUAAGGGAGCUGCAAGGACCAAAUAUGUAGAAUACAGUUUAAGGCAUUCCAGUCAAAAUGAGCUGAAGAGACUUGUAAAAGAGACUGACACAAACAUAGAGGCAGCAGUUGUCUUGGUGAUGAAAACAAAAAUGAUAUUGCCAGAAGUACAUUCACAAUUUGAGCACGUAUUUCGACAAUGUUUGACCCAGAUAAAUGGAUAUAUAAGAUUACAGCAUACAGUGGAAACUAUAAGACAGGUGAAAUAUUCCAGUGAAAAUUCUGACCAUGAAGAUAAACUGAUGAAGCUAUGGACUGUACUAACAGAUGGUGAGAAGUUAACAUCAAGAACUAGUUCACAGUGGUCUCAGCUUGGAUUCCAAGGUACCGAUCCUCAAACAGACUUCCGUGGCAUGGGACAGCUUGGUCUUGAUCAACUUCUAUAUUUUGCUACAAAGUAUACAGCUGAAGCCAGAUCUAUGCUUUCAAAAUCUCACAAUCAAUAUUUCGGGUAUUCAUUUGCAAUAGUAGGUAUAAACCUAACAGAGCUUGUUUAUACAUUAUUGAGAUAUGGUAAUCUCAGGAGCCAUUUCUAUAACAGUAAAACUGCUAAACCUACUCUAGAAGACUUUCAUGAAGUUUAUUGCUAUGUGUUCUAUAACUUUGAUUCAUUCUGGUUUGCUGAGAAACCCAAGGACAUUAUGGAGUUUGGCAGACUACGGGAAAAAUAUCGCAAGAAAUUGGUGGCAAAAUUACGUGAAAAGGAUACAAUUUUUACAGCAGACUUCCAGAACAAGCAGAAUUCUUGAUAUUACAUCAACUUGUUUAUGCAAAAAUAUGUGAUUGACUUCAUUUUUAUUUAUGCCGGUACUUCAAUUUUUGUAUGUACUGUGAUGCACAUUUAUCACAUACCAAUGCCCUUUUUGCGACUCUGUAAAAUGGUAUUGCACGGCCGUGCAUAUAUUUUGAUGUGACGACAUUUGCGUUAGAUAAAUAUAAACAGAUUGAAGAUGCACUAAAUAUUAGUGUUACACUAUAGCGUGUCAAUGAAAAAUGGUUCUUUUUCUCUUCAAACAGUCUAUAUUUUUGGUAUGUGAUAAAUAUAAUUAGUUCAUAACUGAAUUUAUUGAACUUUUUAAUAAAAUAAUAUUAUGCUCGCCAGAGGCUUGCAUAAUAUUAUUUUAUUCAACUCAUUCAAUAAAUUCAAUAUUAAACUUACACUCAUUCAAUAUCCUAUAUAUAUAUAUCACACUAUGGUGUAUUGAAAGUUAUUUCAUUGAUCAUUUUAUCAUACAUUAGUUUAUUUAUGAACAUCUGUUAUUACUUAGAAAUGUUUAACUUGAAGUUGUUAACAUAAGUUAUUUAAAGAGGGUGUUUCUCUUAUUGUUGUCAAUGACAAAUAUAUGUAAAUAUUUUUCUAUGAAAAUUUAUAGCUAGAUAAAAUGCAUGGAGUAUAUUUUAUAGAUUUCUAUGUAUCAGUCAUUUUAUCAGAUUUACCUGCUAUAUCACAUUAGUUUCAGCAAAAUUUUGCUUUGAAAUAAAUAAGUUUUCUUAAUACAGACAAAUAAAUAGCCAAAUUUCCUUCAAAAUGAAAACCUUUUGCACUAUAUAUUUCAUAACUGCAUUUCUGCACAGUUCAUGAUAAUUUUAAAUGUACUGUUUAUGGCAUAACUACAUAUUUAAUCACAUUCCUACUCUGUUUAUGACAUAACAACAGCCUAACUUGCCCAAGCGAUCACAUGUAUUAAUCAACUUUUGACUUACAUGACCACUUUCUCUUUGUAUCUUUAAUGUGUUAAGCCAAUAUAGCUCAAGGCACCAGCUAUCUAAUUAUUUUUUUCAUCAAGCAUCCAUUUUUACCUGUCAUUUCUAUAGUCUUUUUUUUUUAGCUCACCUGUCACAAAGUGACAGGGUGAGCUUUUGUGAUCGCUUUUCGUCCGGCGUCCGUCCGGCGUCCGUCCGUAAACUUUUACUUUAAAUGACAUCUCCUCAUAAACCACUAAGCCAAUUUCAUCCAAACUUCACAGGAAUGUUCCUUUGGUGGUCACCUUUAAUAAUUGUUCAAAGAAUUUAAUUCCAUGCAGAACUCUGGUUGCCAUGGCAACAGAAAGAAAAAACUUUAAAUAUCUUCUUUUAAAAAACCAUAAGAGCUAGAGCUUAGAUAUUUGGCAUGAAACAUUUCCUAGUGAGUGUCUACCAAGUUUGUUCAAAUAAAAGCCCUGGGGUCAAAAUUGGUCCCGCCCCGGGGGGUCAUUGAUUUUCCCUAUAUGCAUAUAGUAAAAACUUAAAAAAUCUUUUUUUAAAGAACCCAAAGAGCUAGAGCUAAGAUAUUUAGCAUGAAACAUGUUCUAAUGGGUGUCUACCAAGUUUGUUCAAAUAAAAGCCCUGGGGUCAAAAUUGGCCCCGCCCCGGGGGGUCAUUGAUUUCCCUAUAUGCAUAUAGUAAAAACUUAAAAAAUCUUCUUUAAAAGAACUCAAAGAGCUAGAGCUUAGAUAUUUGGCAUGAAACAUCUUCUAGUGAGUGUCUACCAAGUUUGUUCAAAUAAAAGCCCUGGGGUCAAAAUUGGCCCCGCCCCGGGGGGUCAUUGAUUUUCCGUAUAUGCAUAUAGUAAAACCUUAAAAAAUCUUCUUUUAAAGAACCCAAAGAGCUAGAGCUAAGAUUUUUAGCAUGAAACAUGUUCUAAUGGGUGUCUACCAAGUUUGUUCAAAUAAAAGCCCUGGGGGUCAAAAUUGGCCCUGCCCCGGGAGGUCAUUGAUUUUCCCUAUAUGUGUAUAGUAAAACCUUAAAAAAUCUUCUUUUAAAGAACUCAAAGAGCUAGAGCUUAUAUAUUUGGCAUGAAACAUCUUCUAGUGAGUGUCUACCAAGUUUGUUCAAAUAAAAGCCCUGGGGUCAAAAUUGGCCCCGCCCCGGGGGUCAUUGAUUUUCCCUAUAUGCAUAUAGUAAAAACUUAAAAAAUCUUCUUUUAAAGAACCCAAAGAGCUAGAGCUAAGAUAUUUAGCAUGAAACAUGUUCUAAUGGGUGUCUACCAAGUUUGUUCAAAUAAAAGCCCUGGGGUCAAAAUUGGCCCCGCCCUGGGGGGUCAUUGAUUUUCCCUAUAUGCAUAUAGUAAAAACUUAAAAAAUCUUCUUUAAAAGAACUCAAAGAGCUAGAGCUUAGAUAUUUGGCAUGAAACAUCUUCUAGUGAGUGUCUACCAAGUUUGUUCAAAUAAAAGCCCUGGGGUCAAAAUUGGCCCCGCCCCGGGGGGUCAUUGAUUUUCCGUAUAUGCAUAUAGUAAAAACUUAAAAAAUCUUCUUUUAAAGAACCCAAAGAGCUAGAGCUAAGAUUUUUAACAUGAAACAUGUUCUAAUGGGUGUCUACCAAGUUUGUUCAAAUAAAAGCCCUGGGGUCAAAAUUGGCCCCGCCCCGGGGGUCAUUGAUUUUCCCUAUAUGCAUAUAGUAAAAACUUAAAAAAUCUUCUUUUAAAGAACCCAAAGAGCUAGAGCUAAGAUUUUUAGCAUGAAACUUGUUCUAAUGGGUGUCUACCAAGUUUGUUCAAAUAAAAGCCCUGGGGUCAAAAUUGGCACCGCCCCGGGGGGUCAUUGAUUUUCCCUAUAUGCAUAUAGUAAAAACUUAAAAAUCUUCUUUUAAAGAACUCAAAGAGCUAUGGCUAAGAUAUUGAGCAUCAAACAUGUUCUAAUAGGUGUCUACCAAGUUUGUUCAAAUAAAAGCCCUGGGGUCAAAAUUGGCACUGCCCCGGGGGUCAUUGAUUUUCCUUAUAUGUGUAUAGCAAAAACUUAAAAAAUCUUCUUUGAAAAAACCCAAAUAGCUAGAGUUUAGAUAUUAAGCAUGAAACAUCUUCUAGUAAGUGUCUACAAAGUUUGUUCAAAUAAAAGACCUGGGAUCAAAAUUGGCCCCGCCCCGGGGGUCAAUGAUUUUCUUUAUAUGUGUUUAGCAAAAACUUUAAAUCUUCUUUGAAAAAACCCAAAUAGCUAGAGUUUAGAUAUUAAGCAUGAAACAUCUUCUAGUAAGUGUCUACAAAGUUUGUUCAAAUAAAAGCCCUGGGGUCAAAACUGGCCCGGCCCCAGGGGUGUCAUUGUUUUUAACUAUAUGUGUAUAGUAAAAACUGAAAAAAAUCUUCUUUUAAAAAGCCCAAUGAACUAGAGCUUAGAUGUUUAGCAUGAAACAUCUUCUUAUGGGUGUCUACCAAGUUUGUGCAAAUAAAAGCCCUUGGGUUAAAUUGGCCCUGCAUGUUGGGGGGGGGGGUGU